AUGGCUUCUACAUCAGCUUCUGAAGUAAUAAUCAAUGAUAUUCAUGAAGAAACCGAUAUUUGGUCAGUAGGCAAAUGUGUUAUUUGUAACAUGCAGUUGACUGGUGAGCCAAAAAUUUUAAGUUGUUUGCAUAUCAUUUGUAAAGAUUGCAUAGGAAAGAAAAACUCUAUUUCAGGCGUGGAAUGCAAAUGUCUAUCAGUCACCAAAGGCAAACUGAUUGACUAUCCAAUUGAAUCAACAAAUUUAAGUAUCAGCAAAGAACAUAACUUAAACGCAACUAUGACUUAUCCAAUGUUGGAAGAAUUUCCUGUAUGUUCUUGUUGUAAAAUUACAGGUGCAGAUGUUUACUGUACUGAAUGUUCAAUAUUGUCGUGUCAAUUUUGUCAUUUACACUCCCACCAUAAUCAUAACUAUAAAAUUCUUGAAAAGUUUCGUAAAGAAAUGAAUUCAAAUAUUUUGCUGGAGAAAUUCAAACUGGAAUUGAAUAACAAAAAUCUAGAUUUGUCGUUAGAAGAAACAAAAAAGCAAAUUGAAAAUCUGGAAAUUAAAAAAAGUGGUAUCCAUGAAGAAAUUGAUAAAGAAACAGAAAUGUUGCAUAAAGAAAUAAGUAACCGAGCAUUAGAGCUAAAAUAUUUAGUUGACAAUUGUUUUAUAGAUACGAUUGGUGAAACUUAUAAGAAUGAUUGA